AGUUGCGCGCCGUUUGAUUCAAGAAGAAAAGUCUUAAUUUUUUUUUUUUUUGUCUCUGUAAAGUUGACUCUCAAAAGUGCGGAUUUACAGCUGCGUCAUAGAAUAAAGUGUAAACGAGGCUGUAAUAGCGAACGCACUUUGUGCAGUAAUGGCUGCUGGAGACAACUUAAAUCAACAGGUUCUCACCUCCUUCCCGCUGUGUGACAUGACAGAGGAAGAUCUGAUUCAGAACCCACAGUUCUGUAAACUUCUGGCUACCUUGGCGCAACACGUGGACCCCACCGGACUCACAGUUCCGCUGCGAGCCGAGCUGGAGAAGGCUGAGCAGAAGCUGCAGAGCCAGAGGCAUCAUUGGCUGCGUUCAGAGAGCCUCUAUCGAAUCCUACAGGAGAUGAUCCAGGAUCACUGUGUCAGGAAGCAGCAGAGCACUGUACCAUCUGAGCAGAGCACGUUCUACGAUACGUUGGAAAGAUGUCUGCUGGUGGCGCAGUGUGUCAGACAGCUUGAUCCCAGCAGCACGACCACCAAGGACCAGCCCUCUGUUUUUGGCCUGGACCCCCAGCAGCUGAUGGAGCUCAUGCCGUCGGAGAAGAAUGUGCAGAAAAUGAAACAAAAUCUCUUUGGUGAGCUGGAGGAACACGUGAAGAAGAAGUGCUGGAGCCUUCUAGCCUACUAUCAGCCCAAUUGGGAGAACGAGAGCGAAGGUCUGAAGAGCAUCAAGGUGUCUCAUCUGUCGGCCCAGCUGGAUGGUGAGAAGAAACGUGCAGAGACUCUGAAGGAGAGCUGCCGGGAAAACACCUUCCUCCUGCAAAGACAGACCCAACUCUACCUCACUGAGCUCAUGAAAUGCAUUCACCUUCUGCAGUCUCUCAUCUUGGACCACAGACUGAGGAUCCAGACAGAUUUGGACAAGAAGAAGUUGGACUACUUUGAAGGCAAAUGCGAAUUAGUUUUGCAAAAGAUCAAGACUGAGAUGUUGGAAAUUCAGCUGGACAUGUACACGGUCGACUCAAUAUCUGCUCACAGGAAAAUAAGGGGAAAGCUGGAUUCAGAGCUGAAGGCCUGUCAGUUGGAGAAGCAUUCCAUCAAGUCCAAACUGGCUUCCUUUGAGAUCUUGGGUAAAGAGUUCGAGGCCCUGGCUGAGGAGUACUGCCAGCUACGGCGCGAGAUCGAAAUGAAAAACUGGGCGCUGAAGGAAUUCACCCAGCACGCUACCAAGUGAAGCUCAAAUAUGCUGGCAGAAGGAACGGUGGCUUUGUUAUUGCUCGGUCACUUUUUAACUUUGGGUGGAUGUCAAGGAAACUGUGUGGAUUUAUCAUCCAUGCUGGGGAUUCUGUGCAUUUAAUGUCAGCGUUGUACAAAAAAGGAAGUAUUUUUCUUGUACAAGUGUUGAAAAAUAAAAGUUAAUAAUUACCUGUGCAUUCACCUUCUUCCAAAAGGUGGCAAUAUAACGUCAUGUUCUUAUGAACAAGACAAAAAGAGAUGAUGUUCUAUUGGUCAAAUUAUGAAUUAUGUUACAGCAUAAGCAGAUGGGCUAAAAGAAAAACUCUUUCAAGAACUUUUUUCUGUAUAAACAAAUUUAAAAUUCCAGUGUUCUCAAAUAU